GCGGGGAAAAAAAAGGAGCGAAACACCCCCACACCACGUGACCAAAUGCGGAAAUUGUGCCACAGAGAAAGUGUGUAGCAGCCAGAGAGCAGACGAGAGUGCGGCUCUUGCAGUUUACUCCUCUUCGGACCUGUUUCUCAUCCUUUAGUGCUCGUAUCUAACAGCAGAUCUCCAAAAACCGACGCCCGCUCUUUCAGCUUGAUGUGCAGAUUCUGUCUGAUGUCCUCGCAGGAAGGGUCCUUCUGAGGUCAGGCCGCUGCCAUGAGGAGGCUGUGACGGCGCCCGUCCACGUGUGUCACUGCCAGACCGAACCCUGCCACAUGGCUGCUGCCAAGAAGAGUUGUGCAAAGGCGGGAGGCGUUCGCUUCUCCGAGGAGCCCCCCGCCCCCGCCGCCGGAGCGCCGUCCCACGUUCACUUCGACGAGAAGCUGCACGACUCCAUCGUCAUGGUGACCCCAGAGGACGAUGGGAACUUCAUGGUCAAGGUGGGCUUCCUGAAGGCGCAGCACCGCUACGAGGUGGUGUUCACGCUGCCCGAGAUCCCCGCCCUGGGGAAGGCCGUGUGUCCGGCGCCGGUGCCCAGCCCCCACCUCCGGAUCACCGACAUCUCCCCCGCCGCCGAAGGAGGGCUGAAGGUCACGUGUGAGUACAUGGCCCAGCAGGAGGGCGUUCUGUGUGAGGAGGUGCUGCUGCUGAGCGAGACCAACGAGGACGUCUGCGUCAGGGUCAAAGUUCACGCCAGGGUCAUGGACCGCCACCACGGCACGCCCAUGCUGCUGGAGGGCGUCCGCUGCAUCGGGAUGGAGCUGGAGUACGACUCCGAGCAGAGUGACUGGCAAGGAUUCGACUAAAUGUGAAACCGCUUCUGUUCCCAUGUUCGCCUGAAACACACCUGAGAAUCUGAGACGUGCACGCCCCGAUGAGUCAGACGCCACUGAUGCAUCAUACAGAUGUGCAGUCCUCAGAGUUUAAACGAAACAUACAUUUUCACCCUGAAUUCAAACCGAAACUAUAGCUUUUCUUUACUUUAAUGACAUUAAAUACUGCUUCACAGCUCCGUUUCGCUCUUCUUCUCACGCGCAGACUGUGUGUUUGGUAGAUUUGUGAGUGAGAAAUCGUCUUUGUACCGAUUAAAAGAAGCUUUAAAGUCAAACCUUGGUGUUCAUGACGUGCUGUAACGCUCCUGCCGAUCCACCAGGGGGCGCUGCAGGCCAAGCUAAAGCACUGCAGGAGGCUUUGCUGGUUUCCAGUGAACUUUAUCACCUUUCUCCAGCUUCCUAACUCCAGAUUUUUAAGUGUUCUGUGUAGUUCAAAGGGUCAAGGGUCACUUUUAUGUUGUACUCAGGUAACUCCACCUUUUUUUUUUCUGUUAAACUUUUUGCUAGAAUGAACUUUGAGGAGCAGGAAGGCUGCAGAGAGAGCACGUGAGGAAGGAUCCGGAAACGUUUAGUUUUGCUUGAAUUCGCGAAGCCUUUCUCAAACACGCGCGUGGUAAAAGUGCCUUUACGUUCCGUUCCGUUCGCUUCCCGCCGCUUCCCUUCCGCUUCCGCCCCGCAACUCCGUGUGUUUUCUUUGCUUUUCUUUUCUUUGAAUGCAUCCAGCCUUAAAGGAAACAGUCCGGUGUGUAAUUACUCUCUUCAUAUUAGAUCACGAGCUGUUUGUUUAGUGCAGAUUAAAUAGAUUUUUGGGAAUAACAGGUCAAAGUCCUCCUCCUUGGAAUAAAUCUGAAAUUCUCGGUGGGUUACUGUUUUGAAGGAUGUAGCAGUUUAUUUCUCGAUAUCUGCUCCCUUUUUUUCGUGUGUGUGAGUGUGUGUUUUUUAAAUGUUAAAUAAAUGAUUGAAUAAAUUAGUUUUUUGUUUUUUUUUGUC